AUGCCGUCUUGUCAGCACGAGACCCUCCACCUUGAUGUUUCCCCUCAUGCAGCCGAGAUUGGGUUUGCUCGACCGUCGCUGGCCAAAAGAAAGGCAGCGACGACGGCAUCGGGCCGGGCAUCAGGAAACACAUCAGACCAUCUCCUUCUAGAAUCACUAUUUCCCGGCCCCCUCGUGUUGCCUGAUGACUGCCUGGCUAUCGACCCAAAAGAACCACCUCAGAGUUUACGGUCAUGGACCAUGGAGAAGCUCAGGAACCCUUUCACGCCAGAGCGGAAGACUGUAUAUGUCGUCCCAACGCCAAAUAUUCCCUCGGGCACGGCCUUCUCCCGCACGCUCAACAGAUGGACCCUCCCGUUUGUGCUACAGGCGCCUCUAAAGGAAGGAUGUGAUGCCCCCAAGGCCAAAUACAUCCGCAAUUACCUCGAGGCCUUCUACCACCCAAUCCCCGUCCGCACCCUACCAAACAUGGCGAGCUUCGUCCCCUGGACCGAGGGCAAAUCCAAGCCCAACCCCAAGCAGCCGCCGCAAUAUAUCGGCCUACAGCUCGGGGACAACGUCACGCGCAUCACCACGCGGCCCUGCCCGGAUGAGACCUACCCGCGACAGCUCAACCUCAAUGACAUGCUGGACGCGGCCAUCGAAGCGCUGCCCUCGGACGCGUACGCGCUGGUCCUGCUGACCGACCACGACUUGUACGAGGACGACGACGACGACUUCUGCUGCGGGCGGGCGUACGGCAACAGCCGCGUCGCCGUCGUCUCGUCGGCCCGCUACCACCCGCUGCUGGACGAGCCGACCGGGAUCGACCGCGAACAUACCUGGCCCUUCUCGCACUGCGACGCCUACGUGCAGCGCCUGUGCAGGGAUGGUGAGGAGGAUCACGAACCCGGGGGCUCAGCCUCCACGACCAGCAGCAGCAGCAGCAGCAGCAGCAGCAGCAGCAGCAACCCGAAGCGACGCAAACUCACCGCCCCGCAACCAUCACCACCACAACCCCCCCAGGAACCACAACACCCCCAUGACCCGCGUCAUCCGGGGCCGGUCUCGGCACCCCCGGACCGAACCACAGCCCGACGGGCAUGUGGCUGGCGCGGAUAG